GUUCAUUAGAAAGUACAUUGUCUCGUCGCUCCAUCGCAGAGGUCCCUGUGUUUGAACCCGACCCGGAGGGAGGCAUAUGGCAAUGUCCAUUCUGUGAUGAUUCGCCAUUCUCCAUCGAAACCCCGCCACCAAAGUAUACCCAAGCCAUGGCACAAGUGCGCAUCAUCAUUGCAGAUCAUAUCCGUCAUCAUCGUACCCGUUUGCUGGAACAGCUCAGCCCAGCUGAAGUCACUCAUUAUGAAAAAAUGUUUUAUCAAAAACAAGCUCGUGUGCAUGAGUGGAUCGACCGUUCCGCCUCUUCGCACAAUUCCCGGGCGCAGUCUCCUGUAUCUGGGCAGAACCGCGAUAACAUCAACUGACAAACGAUUUAUAACCAACGCCGGAACAAGCUUUAGCACCCGAUUUUUAUAUCGGCAAUCUUAUUAUCCAUUUCGUUUUGAGCACUUUGUGCAUUUAUCCUUCUUUGGCUGGUGCUUUUUUGGAAGCGUGGUGUGGGGCGAGAAGUUUAAGCGUAAAGGCGUUGGUGAUUGGUCGUCGUGGGCUGCCUCGUCAAUGACCAGUGAUUGGCCAGAGGGUGCGCUUUUGUAUAACUCCGAAUAAGGAAGUAGAAAAUACCAAUUCGCGUUUGGGGAAUAUUUCAGUGGGCAUUCGUUUUUGGUCGUAACCAUCUAUUCGCAUGGCAUCCUUUUUAAGCCACUGCUUGGCCAGUGUUGCGUUUGUUGCUUCCCUCGUUGCAGCCUCUGGU